GAGACACAACCAAUAGGAAUUGAUAUUCAGUGCGAUCCUGUAAUAUGUCAGCGCCCAUGAUACAUUCGCGACAUGAUAAAGAGUGUAUUGAACAAAUGGAAACAAUACAAAUAUCGUUUUGUCCCAUGGAUAGCUUUUAAUCUGAAGGACAGAUCUGUGAGAGAAGUACCAAAAGGAGCAGAUGAUGCCAUUAUCUCCAACAAGGCUGUUGCCAAUUUUCUGCAAUGUUUCUUCAAAAGCCUCCAUGAGAAAGAAACAUCACCUAUCAAGGACAGACACACAAUAUUCAAGGAAAACCUUGACAUCAUGAUGAAGCAGCUUGGUUUUGUGACUGAAAGACAGUGUAGUCUGUUGGAAAAUGGGGGUCGAGGGGUGUUUGUGACAAGGGGCACAGUCCCAGCUAAAACCAUUGUGUCCAUGUACCCUGGGGCAGUGUAUGAGCAAUAUGAACCAAUAUUUUUUCAAAGUCUGGGAAAUUCAUUCAUAUUUCGGUGUAUAGAUGGAGUCCUUAUCGAUGGAAAUGACAAGAACUUGUCCAAACUCAUUUACAAGUCAUGUCAAGGGCGAGACAGAAUGGGUCCCUUUUUGUCGUGUGACUCCAGCUGGUUAACAGAGUCCCCUCACAAUCCAUUGGCUGUUGGCCAGUACGUCAACAACCAGUCUGCAAAAUACCCAGCCAAUGUGGCCUACCAGGAGUUUGACAUCCCGAGUGACUUCCCCUUUCAGCUCCUCAAGUAUAUUCCUAAUGUCCACUAUGGUGCUAGUACUGACAGUAUCACACAUGACAGACUGAUGAGAGUUGUGGUGCUGGUGUCAACACGAGACAUACAGUGUGGGGAGGAGCUGUUCUCUACCUACUUCACUGUAGUGCAGUAACCAUGGUAACAAUCAUAUACAUGGACAUACAGUGUGGGGAGGAGCUGUUCUCUACUUACUUGUGCAGUAACCAUGGUAACACAUCUUUUACAAGGACAUACAGUGUGGGGAGGAGCUGUUCUCUGCUUACUUCACUGUGGUGCAGUAACCAUGGUAACAAAUCUUAUACAUUGACAGCUGUUCUCUACUUACUUCUCUGUAGUGCAGUAACCAUGGUAAGACAUGUUCUACAUGGACAAGCAGUGUGGGGAGUAGCUGUUCUCCACUUACUUCACUGUGGUGCAGUAACCAUGGUAACACAUCGUUUACAUGGACAUACAGUGCGGGGAGUAGCUGUUCUCCACUUACUUCACUGUAGUGCAGUAACCAUGGUAACACAUCUUAUACAUGGACAUACAACUAGAAAUACAAGAUUCAAUGUGUGUGACAUUGUGCCAGAAAUAUAGUCUAUUAGAUGACCAACAUGUGCCAUAG